CCCACUGUACCGCACAGCCUUUGAUAUGUCUUGUUUUAAACCCAAGCGAACCAAACUGCCCGUAGCAUCAGCCGCUUUUAUUGCGUGUUUAUAACAGUUUCGUUUCUUGCUGUAGAAGCUGAAGCGGGCAGGCACGUUUCGGCCCUCUAAAGCUUGAAUCCUCCGCUUCGUGUGCAAGCGGAGUGCGGCUCUCCCUCAGUUCUGCUCCCAGCUGCUCGGUGUGAAAGGAGGGACGCCGAGUACCGGGCAGCCUCGACCCAGUGCGUGUGGAUGUGAGUGACAGACGGACACAGGUGGACACCACCGCCCGACCUGUUGGUGGCUGCAACAACUGGCCAGCUGCCACAGAUAUUGCCUCUUUAACUCCGUGCUCUCGCUGUCAGCGCACAGAUAACUUCAGAAGGGAAGGUGCCGACUGCAAGAAGUUUUUCCGGAGGGAUUUACUUCGAAAGAGGAAACCACCUAUCUUACUCCUUCAAGCGGCACGAUAGUGAGAGAGAUAUGGCAACGAUCCGCUAAGACUGGAGAGACCUAGUUCUCCUUCUGUACUUCUGCCAAUCUGCGUGGCUGUUGAAAAAGGGAUGGGGUUGAAGUGCUAUGAGCUGGCAUGCAUUCAAUGGGCCGAAUGGAUUCUGAUAUAACGACUAACUCCAAAUCAACACAUACAAAAUGCUGAGGAACAAAGUUGUGAGUGCUCCCGGCUAAGCUUUACUCCUCCAGGAGUCCUCUGUGGAGAGAUGUGACUUGUGCCAUUAAUCAUUGCUACUGCUGCAGGGAUCACUUCGUGUUUACAGAGGGAGGUUCCCCAGCUCCUUCUCAAGUCCUGUGUGCGACAAGGAUAUCGCUUCCUUCAAGUUCGCUGUCCCAUGCUUUCUCUGCAGGCCAAGGAGGAGGGAAGAAGGGAAGACUCUUGCUAGAAGCUGAGCAUUUCAUGAACAGACAAUAUGGACAAUUCCUUUCAAAUAAUAAUUUGGAAGGAAUAAAAGAGAGACGGGCCUUGAAUAUUCUUGUUUUUGCCUGGAAGGUUUUUUAAUCUGUGUCUGCUGCAACAGUUGAAUGUUUCUGGACGUUUUUCCGACACGGCCUGAGGAAUGCCUGCCAAGACACCGAUCUAUCUGAAAACAACCAGCAACAAGAGAGGCAAGAAGUUUAAGCUAAGGGAUAUUUUGUCCCCCGACAUGAUUAGUCCCCCACUUGGAGACUUCCGACACACCAUUCACAUUGGCAAAGGAGGGGAGCAUGAUGUGUUUGGAGACAUUUCCUUCCUUCAAGGCAAGUAUGAUCUCUUGCCCGGAAAUCAGGGCAAGUCAAAGUUCGGCCAGUAUGGCGGCCACAGUGAAUUUUUCCGAGCAAACAGCACACCAAACCCUACUUUUCCUGAUGCAUCCUCACCAGUGCUGAAGAAUGCCAUCUCGCUCCCCAGCAUUGGGGGCUCCCAAGCCCUCAACCUACCUCUGCUACCCUCCGUGACCUUCGUACCAAAGCAAGAUUUCUCAGCCCCUCCCAAGCCACCACGUCUCCACUCGGACACUGAGCAGGAGGUGCCAGACGAUAGCGGGCAAUGGGAAAAUGGGUACAAUUGCAUGGAAGGAACUGCGGUGAGAAAGAACACAGCAGUCUCGCAGAACGGUGAACUGCACAUCAGUAACACAUGUAAAUUUAUUGGGAAAACUGUGGACCGUAAAACCAUGGAAGAGGAUUCCGCUCUCAGUCCCAGGCAAAAUGGAGUGAGCAAAACAACCAAUUCUUCAGAAGACUCCCUCCUCAACCUCACCAGCUCCUUCCUUUCACUUCAGCUGGAUCUGGGGCCUUCCAUAUUGGAUGAUGUCCUCAACGUCAUGGACAAAAAGCCCCAGCUGGAGUUCAAGUAAUGUGUAUGCACUCAACAAACUUAACAGCAGUGAGGUUGGACCUCUUUAACACCAUGCUAGGAUCUACGAAUCCAUUGGUCUGCAGGCUGAACUGGAAGCAGAUACUUGGUCUGUUCUUGGGAAUGUUUGAUGAAUCGCCCUCUGGGAUUUCUUCUUAAUAAUGCUGGUGUUGGUAAUCGUGCAAUUCUAACUCGCUGAGGAGCACCAAGGACCACCAUGGUGCCAAAUAGCUCUGUGGUGCAGCAGUUUCAGAUGAACAUUGACAAUGGCUGUGUUGCAUUUCGGAACCAGAGCAAAGCAUUCUUGUGCAAUUAAGUAUGUGAUCAUAGAUUGAUGUUAUCCUUUCCUCAGUCAGAUGACUAUACAAAACGAUGAUUUUCUUAGUUGUAGUGGAAGUUUGUGAGAAUCAUUUUGUUUCUGGUUAUCUAUUGUUUAGGUACGUAAAACAUUUUUUUGGCAAAAUAUAUUGCUUAAAUAUACAUGUUGCUUGAAAUGAGUGCAGCAUCUGCCACAAUAAAGAGAUCAGU